ACCAUUUUUCCGUUUACCGUGUGUGAUCGAUUUAGUAUAUAUCUAGUGAUAUUAGUAUGUCGGUAUUUGUUUGUGAUGUUCGUUGCUGUGUGAAAAAAUAUUACAUUGAGGUUUGAAGUUUGUAAGGGGACAUUUCGUUUCUGGAAGACAGGAGUGUCCGUUCAAGAUUUUAAUAAUAAUGUAGCUAGUGUAUAACAAGAAUCCUGUAUGAAGUUUACGGCGUACCACACUCCAGAUCCCUUAGAUUUAAUGUUAUUGAUGUGGCUUUAUUGACGUAACGUAUCGUAGUUAGUCAUGACCAUAGCCACAAGAGGCCAAGGUGUAGUAGUGGACCCACCUGAUGGUCAGACAAACACACAAUCUCUGCAGCAGCCACAGCAGAUUGUACAGCCAGUUAAUGGUGGUAGCAUCCAGUUAUCGGAGACUGGGAUACUGGCAGCUGACCCAUCAUCAGACCAGCAGCAAAUGAACAAUGAGCUUAUGGGGGAAGAUAAUUCAGAAGUAACAGAGCCAGACUUUCCCCACGCUAAGCUGGCUUUGCUGGAUGAAAAAAUCUCGAGUCCGCGCUGGGUGGUUCCAGUUUUGCCUGAGCAAGAAUUGGAAGUGCUGCUUCAGGCAUCCAUUGACCUCUGCCGGAAGGGUUUGGAUGUGCACAGUGAGGCUUGUCAGCGAUUUUUCCGUGAAGGUCUUACCGUCUCUUUCACCAAAAUUCUCACGGAUGAUGCAGUAAACAGCUGGAAAUUCAACAUACAUCAUUGCAUCUAUCAGAACUGUGAACGUUUGGUGGAGCUGUGUGUAGUGAAGCUGUCACAGGAUUGGUUCCCACUGCUAGAUUUACUGGCCAUGGUUUUCAACCCAAAUAACAAAUUUCAUACGUUUAAUGGUACUCGCCCGUCAGAGACUGUUUCACCUGGAUCCAACAUCCCAGAUGAAGAUUUGUAUGCUCAACUACCACCAGACACCAGGACACCACGUGGUUGGCUUGUUGACCUUAUCAAUAGGUUUGGAAACUUGGGUGGCUUCCAGAUCCUGCUAGAAAGGUUUCAGAGUGGGAAGAACCUCACAGUCUCUGUGAUUUAUGCGCUUAUUCGCCCAUUUGGACUCUGCUAUGAGUUUCUGACCGUUCACACCAUUGUGAAAUAUCUCAUGCCCAUAGUUGAAAUGGUGCCUGUAAUUUUAGAUGGUCUGACAGAUGAUGAAUUAAAAAAGGAGGCCAAAAAUGAAUCAAAAAACGAUGCUAUUUCUGCAAUCAUCAAAGCAGCCAAAUGUCUUGUAGCCAGGGUACCUAAUGAAGAGGAGAUGGUCAAAAGCUUAGAAAUAUUUAGACUGAAAAUGAUUCUCAGGUUACUUCAGAUCUCGUCCUUCAAUGGUAAAAUGAACGCACUGAAUGAAGUGAACAAGGUAAUUGCGAGCGUAACGUAUUACCCUCAUCGACACACUGGGCUGGAGGAGGAGGAGUGGCUUACUGCUGAAAGAAUGGCUAAGUGGAUCAAGGAGAACAGAGUACUACAAAUUGUUCUGCGUGAUUCACUACAUCAGCCACAGUAUGUAGAGAAGCUAGAGAAGAUCCUCCGAUUCAUCAUCAAGGAGCGGGCUCUUACCCUUGAAGACCUGGACAAUGUUUGGGCUGCACAAGCAGGAAAACAUGAAGCCAUAGUUAAGAAUGUACAUGAUCUGUUGGCCAAACUUGCGUGGGACUUCUCCCCAGAGCAGCUUGAUCAUCUGUUUGAGUGCUUCCAGGCAAGUUGGACAAACGCAAACAAGAAGCAGAGAGAAAAGUUGUUAGAACUUAUUCGUCGCCUAGCAGAGGAUGAUAAAGAUGGAGUUAUGGCACAUAAGGUGCUGACUUUAUUCUGGAACCUUGCACACUCUGAUGAUGUUCCAACGGAGAUCAUGGACCAGGCAUUGACGGCGCAUGUGAAGAUUCUGGAUUACAGCUGCUCCCAGGAGCGGGACGCUCAGAAGACAGUGUGGUUAGAUAAUUGUGUUGAGGAAUUGAAGUCUGGUGACAAAUGGGCCUUACCAGCACUUAAGCAGAUUCGUGAAAUCUGCUGCUUGUAUGAACCCUCGCCCAAUAUGAAUCACUCCCAGCGUAGUCACCACAUAUACUAUAGGCAAGAAGUGAUUGAAAGACUACAAAACCAACAUAGCCUUGUAAUUUUAGUCACUAAUAGUCUCACAUCAUACAUGGAUAAAGUUAGGCAAAUAGCUAAAGAAAAUAAUGGCUUGGACCCAAACAAUUUCUUCCCUGAUAAUAGGUAUAAUCAUAUACAGCAAGUUCAAGAAAGGUUGAAUUUCUUACGGUUUUUGUUGAAGGAUGGGCAGCUGUGGCUGUGCGCUGACCAGGCAAAGGAGAUCUGGCAGUGUCUUGCCGAAGAGGCUGUCUUCCCGUCUGAUAGAGAAGCUUGCUUCAAAUGGUUUUCUAAACUUAUGGGGGAGGAACCAGACCUAGAUCCGGCAAUAAAUAAGGAUUUCUUUGAAAAUAAUAUUCUCCAGUUGGAUCCUACUUUGCUAACUGAAAGUGGCAUGAAGUGUUUUGAGAGGUUUUUUAAGGCUGUGAACUCCAAAGAAGGGAAGUUGAAAGCUAAGAGACGAGCUUUCUUAAUGGAUGACGUAGAUUUAAUAGGAACAGAGUAUAUAUGGAGGGUUGUAACUAACAGUGGCGAUGACAUAGCAAACCGAGCCAUUGAGCUACUGAAGGAAGUAAACACAAACCUUGGUCCUCGACUGCAGUCCUCUCUACUCGAGUUCCAUGAAACCUACAUUUCAGAGUGCCUAGAUCGACUACGUGCCCAUUAUGAUACAGUGUCAGCCCUCUGUCAUGAAGAUGAUGGAAUCAAGGAUGAUGGUGGCCUUAUUGGUUUACCAGUUACACUGAACAAACUGAAAGGCGAGGCUGUGAAAAUGUGUCGUGUGAUGAAGGUGCUGCAGGAGUACAUAGGCGAGUGUGAUGGGGACUUCACUGUGGAGAGGAAGAUACUGCCUCUACACAGGGCCUGCAGAGGGAAACACCUAGCGCUACUAGUUCGGUUUUCGAAUACUGGUCGAGCAGUAGAUGAUGUGGAUAUUUUCACACACAGUAAUGACACACUAGCGUCCCUACGUAGGCAGAUUUUACGUCGAAUCAAGGCAAGUGGGGCUAAUGUAAAGCUGGAUCUCUUCAUCAAUGGGGAAUUGCUGGAUGCAGUUGACGACCGUAAACAGCUUUCUCAGAUUCCUCUUAGAGACAAAAUGUUGCUGUCAGCCAAGCUGUGCCAAGUGAAUUCAAACAUGCCAAGUUCCCCAGAUAGCAGUUCAGACAGUUCAACAAGCUCACCACAGCAUCCUUAUGAUGGACCCAACCUUGAAGCAGAGAACAGUUUACCUGGGGUGUUGAUGUCACAGCGACCACAUUGUGCUCAGUUCUUUUUCCAACUGGCAGACUUGGGCUGCAAGCUGCAGUACCCACCUCUGCGGGAUGGGGCCCGCAUGCUCCUCAAGCUCAUCCCUCCAGACAUUUACACUGUGGAAUGCCUUCAGAGUUUGUUUCAAAAUCAUGCGAGGGCUAGUACAAAUGGGGCAGCUGUCAUUGAGCAGGGCAGUCAGAACAUGUCACCUGUAUCAUCUACAAGUGUAGAAAGUCUUUUCUUUGGAACCUCACCUUCACAAGUUUUGUAUCAUCUAGAGGUGAUGUAUGCUUUACUGAUGCCUGCCCUAGAUCCCCUUUCAGACAAAGCAUUUGAAUUCCAGUACAACUUCUUUAAGAGUGGGGAUGCACAAGUUAUAUUGGACAUGUUAACCAAAAACAAUUUUCUGCCCAAUGCUGAUGUUGCCACAAAACGAUCUGCCUAUCUGACGGUUUUGAAGAUGUGCAAGCUUCUUCUGACUGUGAUUGGUCAUGUCAUGGCUCGUGUCGUCGAUGAUCCUCAGCCAUCACCACCACAGCAGAAUGAGUGUGGAGGACCAGAUGGGAAUGGUCUUGGAAAUCUGGGGCUUUUCUCUAGCAGUAACACUUCAACCCCCACCAUUAAUUCUCCUCGUAGUCCAGUAGCUGUACUCAGGCAGGCCUUACACAGUAUACCAAACCAGAACACGGAAUACAUGUUACGCAGUGUGGCAUCAAAACUGGCGCAGAACCUCGCUGAACAGCUCGUACUAACAGGAAAUGAGGUGGAUAGAUCACGACCAAUGUUUGUUCAGGCACUGGCUUGGGAACUUCCAAAUAUCACAACAGUGAGAGCCAUUAUUCGACUGGCUUGGGCAGUGAGCAGUGGCAAUCUUCAGCUGCUUAAUGCCACUCCUGAUGAGUUGCAUCGUAUGCAUGACAAAAUGGCUACCAAAAUGCCUGAUGGAGAGGAUGUUCUAGUCUGCAAAGAAGCAUUGGAGGUACUAACAGUGGCUCUGGUGCUGAACCCCAAAACCCUAGAGAGCCUAACGAAGGACAAAAUGUGGCAUACAUUUAUUAUCGAUCUACUCUUGCUCUGCAAGAAUAGGUCAGUCCGUGUUGCGGCAGCAGAACAGUUCCUGUUGAUAUCAACGUGGUGUGUAGCAAGCCAGCAGCCACUGCAGUUCUGCAUUACACUUUUGUUCACAGUACUGAACACAACUGUUAUGGAGAAUGCCCGCAACUCCCAUGAAUACUUCCAGUUGCUAUGUCGUUUGCUGAACUAUGCCUUCAUGUCUAACUGUCCCCUUCCUACUGCCGAAACUCUGCUCAACAAUGAGAUUGCGUGGCUCAAGAAGAUACGAGAAAAUGUAAAGGAGACAGGAGACAGCCAGGUGGAUGAGGCUGUUCUGGAAGGCCACUUGGGAAUUGCAAAGGAGUUGUUGUCUUUCAUGAGCCCUGAGAAGAAGUACGAACUUGGGUCUGAAGAAAAAAAAGGAAUUAACCUUAUUAAGGAGCUGGUAGAGGAUUUUAUUUUCCCAGCAUCACGUCUUAUGCUUCACCUACAGCGCACAGGCGAGCUGUGUGCAGACCAGGCCGUGCCAGUCUGCAACACCCCCCUCACAACCAAUGCUGCAUUUGAUUUCCUGGUGGGGCUUUGUGUCAGUUGUGUACCCAAUAUGAAGCUGCUUGUUCAUAUGCUCACUGACAUGUUCUAUUCAGAGCGUGAUGAACCCUUGGUGGAGUGGGACUAUCUUCCACCUGUGGGUCCAAGGCCACUGAAGGGCUUUGUUGGCCUGAAAAACGCUGGUGCUACCUGUUAUAUGAAUUCAGUGUUGCAGCAGUUGUACAUGGUUGAGAGCAUUCGUGUUGGCAUCCUCGCCUCUGAAGGUGCUGCUACAGACCUCAGUGAGGACUUCAGUGGCGAGGAGAGAAUGGAAGGAGAGGGAAAUAUGGAAUCAAAUGAAAAUGACUGCAAUGAUGAGAAAUGUGGUCUUGAGGAAUCACGAAAAGAGUACAACAUUGGCAUCCUGAAGCAGGUUCAAGCUAUUUUUGGUCAUCUGGCAUACAGCAAGCUGCAGUAUUAUGUUCCUCGAGGGCUGUGGAAGCAUUUCAAACUACAGGGAGAACCAGUGAACCUCCGUGAACAGCAAGAUGCCGUUGAAUUCUUCAUGAGUCUUGUUGAAAGCAUUGAUGAGGCCCUGAAGGCUCUAAAUCAGGAGCAGAUCAUGGGCAAAAUUCUUGGUGGUUCAUAUUCGGACCAAAAAAUUUGCAAAGGUUGCCCACACAGGUACUCAAAAGAGGAGCCGUUUAGUGUAAUCAGUGUGGACAUUCGGAAUCACAGUACGUUGCUAGAUUCCUUGGAGCAGUAUGUGAAGGGUGAACUGUUGGAAGGUGCUGAUGCGUAUCACUGUGAAAAAUGCAACAAAAAGGUUGUAACAGUGAAGCGCCUGUGUGUGAAGAAGCUGCCACCCAUCCUUGCAAUCCAAUUAAAACGCUUUGAGUAUGACUUCGAGAGAGUGUGUGCCAUCAAGUUCAAUGAUUACUUUGAAUUUCCACGAGACUUAGACAUGGAUCCUUAUACAGUUUCAGGCUUGGCAAAACUUGAAGGUGAAAUGAUAGACUGUGAUUAUGAUGAGAUAUCGAAAGAGAUUUGUACAAAAUACCAGCUAACAGGAAUUGUUGUACAUAGCGGACAGGCCAGCGGAGGCCAUUACUACUCGUACAUUCUGCAUAGGCAUAGUGAUGGAAGUUCCAAGUGGUAUAAAUUUGACGAUGGUGAAGUGAGCGAGUGUAAGAUGGAAGAUGAAGAAGAAAUGAAAACGCAGUGUUUUGGUGGAGACUACAUGGGUGAGGUGUUUGACCAUAUGUUGAAGAGGAUGAGCUACCGACGCCAGAAGCGGUGGUGGAAUGCAUACAUGUUGUUCUAUACACGACUGGACGUUGAGGAGAAUGCAUUGAUGAAGAGUCUGAAUGAGGUGUCAUUGUCUGAUACAAAAUUGGGCAUCAUGAAAAUGCCACUUGCAAUUGAGCGAAGUGUUCGGAAACAGAACAUCAAGUUCAUGCAUAACAGGAACCAGUUCUCAGCAGAAUAUUUUCAGUUCAUCAGAAAGCUAGUGUCUUGCAAUAGUCCUCCUGUAAAUCGACCACACAGCAAUGAAAAGUUGACACCUGAAUUUGAGGAGCUGGCAAUGUUGAGUGUCCAGCUAGCUUCAAGGUUUCUGUUUCAUACAGGAUUCCACACAAAGAAGACUCUUCGUGGUACAGCAACAGAGUGGUAUGAUGUUCUCUGCCAUCAUUUACGCAGUUCCCGUGCAGUCAGGGCGUGGUUUGCGCACAAUGUUCUCUUUCAGCAUCCACACAGGUUCUGUGAGUAUCUGUUAAGCUGUCCGAGCACAGAAGUCAGAUCAGCUUUCAUGAAGAUCAUUGUGUUCUUGGCACACUUCUCACUGCAGGAUGGUCCAUGCAUAACACCCAUGCUUGAUGCUCCGACAAUUCUGCUGGAUCCUCAUGCAACGCUGAGUGACCACCUGUUGCAUGCAGUACUGCUGCUUCUCCACAAGGAAGUAUCUGACCAUGGCCGCCACCUGCCUCAUUACUUUUCCUUGUUCCACAUGUAUGCCUCGCUCGGUGUGCCUGAAAGAACACAACUGCUCAAGCUGAAUGUACCAGCCACAUUUAUGUUGGUAGCGUUGGAUGAAGGCCCAGGACCUCCUAUAAAGUACCAGUACCCAGAGUUAACCAAACUCCAUCAGGUAGUAUCACAGCUGAUUCGCUGCUGUGAUGUCAGCUCGAAAACACAGUCAUCACAGUCGCAGCAGGGCAUGCUGCCUCUACCAAACCCAUAUGGAGACCCAGCUGUCCCAGAUUUUAUCAUGCCUAUUCAGCCACAGGCAGCAGAAAUUUUGUUUGGUAGAACCAGCUACAUCAAGAAGUUGAUUGAGGAUGCAAAUCUCUCAGAAGAAACUGUGAAGCUGCUGCAGUUCUGCUGCUGGGAGAAUCCUCACUUUUCACGCACAGUGCUCAGCGAGUUGCUGUGGCAGAUUGCCUAUGCAUACUGCCAUGAGCUGAGGCACCACAUGGACCUGCUAUUGAGCAUGUUGCUCAUUGAGGAUUCAUGGCAGACGCAUCGUAUUCACAACGCAUUGAAAGGUGUGCCCGAAGAACGAGAAGGUCUGUUUGACACAAUUCAGCGCAGCAAGAACCACUACCAGAAAAGAGCAUACCAGUGUAUCAAAUGUAUGGUGACACUGUUCUCAAAAUGUCGGCCCGCUAACCAGAUGCUCCACACAAAUGGAGAGGUCAAAAGGAAAUGGACUCUUGCUGUUGAGUGGCUUCAGGAUGAACUGGAGAGGCGUCCAUAUGCACCCAGUACACAGUAUAGUUACAAUAACUGGUCACCACCAGCACAGUCAAACGAAUCAACAAAUGGAUACUUCCUGGAACGUUCAAACAGUGCUCGGAAAACACUGGAGAGAGCAUGUGAACUGUGCCCAGAAGAGGAGCCAGAAGUAGAGGAGAUGUCAGAAGAAGGGGAGAGUCCACAGCCUGAGGAACAGCCGACACCACAACAAAAAGUGGCACCAACUUUCAUGGCAUAUCCAGCCCAUGCUGCUGCAUCCACAAACACUGCAGUGACACAGCGCAUACUUGCCAAACGAAUGCCUGCUAGUCAGAGUUACAUCACUGGAGUGCAGGAACAGCCAUCGCCAGGACCUAGUGGAAUCACCAGUAAUCACCCUCAGGUGGGAACAGGCGAGGAUACAGAACCGACUAUGAUCACUACUGCUGCCAUGCAAGACAGCAUUAAUGAAGGUACUCUGUCGAAUAGUGGCAGUAGCGCCGUGCUUCAGCAGUCAUCGGAGCAGCCGCAGUGUGGGGAGACCAGCCAUGUCCCCUGCUCGACAGUAGAUACGGCAUAGUUACAACAUGAGAAGCAAUAUUGUGCUACAAGUGUGAACAGGGAAGGAGGGGGAAGGCUGUGGCACUGCUAUGAAGACAUCUGUAACAAAGCUGUGAUAAGGAAGCUUCAUCCAUUAGCAACACAGUGUAAUAGUUUGGGAGUACAGUUCUCACACUGUCAGUACUGUGAUACUAACGUGGCCUGCUUGCUGCUCUUUAUGGGUGGGAGGGAAGAAGGUGUUAAGAUACCCAAUAUCAACUCCUGUCUUAAUCCGCUCAGGGUAGGUAUAUUCUCUGUGGUCAUCGAGAUGUAAUGAGCCGCCAAGUCAUGUCUGGUACACGUUGGCGAUGUCUGUGUUUAAUUUAUUGCUUUCAGUCAGCACAGCAUUAAUUUGUGCUGGGUUACCAUAACAGCUGUACAGACAUACUUCCAUUGUAAUUAUGUGAUCAGUAGCCAGAGAAGUUGAACCAGUCCGAUAAUUUGUAUGUCUUGAAGGGUUGAACCAAAAUGCCAACUAAUCUGCUGAAAAAACAUUGACGAGGUAAAGAGGAUACUGGGCUUAAUUGCAAGAGGAAAUAUCAUCUUAGAAUUAUGAAAUAUCCCUAGUCAAAGAGAGAAUUGUUGGACAUGAGACUAUGAGUUGGCCCAUGUGUCUACUAUUGUUGAAGUUGACCUUGAGAUUUUGCUUGGUGUUGAUGCAAUGAUACAUGAACUGGCAUGAGCUGUAGUUACCUACUGAUCAGUGGAGGAAGAUGCACAACGAGAUAUAUAUGUAUUGUAGCCAUCAUAAAUAUUGUAUGCCAUUUGUAAGGAAAUUGGAUGGAGGAGUUUGGGGAGUGUGCACUGCUAGUAAUGAGAACAGGGUGUGAGGGUGUUUUAGUGGAUACUUACAGACAGAAUGACUGACUGGCUACAGGAUACAUAUCUGAUGUGACGUAUCAGAUUGUCUUCUAAUUGAGUAAAGUCAAAUGAAAUGAAUGCUGAGGGUUUGAGCAAUGAUUGGAAUGCUUGAGUUCAUGCCAGGUAAUUUCAGCACUUGAUCCAGGAUAUUGCUUAUUACUAAUUUUUAUAUCAUAUUUAAUUUUCUAUUCCUUCCCAUAAUUUUUUGAUGUUGAAGCGAACAUAGUAGUGGAAGGCGUGUUGCAGCACCUUAGUAGCAGUGUGGCUGUAGAGAGAGUGUGAUUUUGUUCCCAUCCGAGUUACCUGUACGCUUUUAAUUUUUAAUGUGGCUUUAAGUUUUUGAAAAACUGAAUCCAUUUGUAGCAAAUAAAAAUAUUGGAAGCAAUAGCAUGUUCCCAUUGGAAUUGGUGUUUGUGUUGUGGAUUUCUUUCUGAAAGUGAAGUAGUUUAACCAGUUUUCAGGAUAAUCUUCAGCAUAAUUGGAAAUUAUCAUCUUGGUGCAGUAGUUCAUGAAACAGCAUGACUCCAUACCAUAUGAUAGUUGUUCCCAGUAGUAGUUGACUAUCAAGUAUGUUCUGGAGGCACAUCUACCCAACAUUCUGGAGGAGACACUAGACGAGAAUUCCAUUUGAUCACUAAGCUUGGACUUUUUUCAGUGCUGGACCCCGAGAACCUUACAGUGACUGUAUCAGAGAUGGUGUAACAUACAGAAGCCAGUUACAAUUUGUGCAAGUUUGUUAAGCUGCUGGUGUUUUGUGGCUGUUGUAACUGGCCCCAAGUGAGUGAGUUCCUUGGUGUGAAGCUGUGGUUUAACAGUUGGUGGAGUUCAGGCGUUUCGUGUUAAAGAAGCUGGAAGCUUUGACACUGAUUCUGACAGCUGUGGAACAGAAGCAGAGUAUAAAUAGAAACUUAGGUACAUAAUAACUAUGAACUCCCAAAAAUUUUUGAAGCUUAACUUGAGAGCUUUUGUUGUUAAUGCUACAACUUCUUAUUUUAAUCAAGAAUCAUAUCCAAGUUUUUUUAUUAUUAUUAUUAUUUUUAAAUAUAUAUACAUAUGAUGCAAGUCAGAAUGGGAGUUAUAAAAGUCAAGGGAUCAUUUUGAAAAAAGUUCUUUACUAUAGGCUCUGUUUAUACAAUAAAUUUAUGUGUUUGAGCUUUAAUCUUCCCGAUUGCUCGCACUUUUCCUUGACAUGCCAAAGUGGAACAUUUAUUUAAAUGGAUAAUAAUAUGUAUAAUUAUAAAUGCUUUAUGACAUAAAUAUAAUUUUGUUGCAUUCCGGUUAGUUUGUGUAUUGCAAUAAGAUAGUGUCAAAGAGCUUGCCGUUGAUUUUCCUCCUGUGUUGGCAUUCGAUAGUGUUGAAGAGCAAGUGCUUGUGUGAGUGUAUCUUCUGAUAUUUUCUUAACAUUGCUGCAUAUUGCAUAUUGAUGGCACAUCUUGGCUCUUGUGGAAUGUGAAAGUAGGGGACACUGCAGAGAAUGUGAGCAGGAUGCUGUUGAGUGGCAACACACCAUUCGUUACUGUCACACUUAUUUUAACAAGUGUGAGUGUUGAUUGGUUUCUGAUGCAUAGAAUGUAAUUUAAACUAUUAUACUCCACUGCACAGAUCUUGUGUGCGCAUUUAUUACAGUUGUAUUGUAUAUGUACACAAAGACAGUUUUUUAAUUCAAUAAUAACCCCAAACAAAUCAGUUUGUACAUAAACGUAACUAAGUGUUGGCCUGUUCAUACAAUGCUAGCAAGGGAAUCAAACACAAAUUGUAAUAAUGAGAGUUCAAUACCAGCGCUAGAAGCCAUUGAGGAAGUGAAUGGUUUUUACAAGUCAGACAUCGGUCUUUUUAAUAGAAUGAGAAGUAAACAAAAGAUAACGCUCUGAGGUGGUAAUUUAAUAUUUUGUAAUUAACUGUUUAGUCAUUUAUAAAUAAAUUACUUACCUUGUCAUGCUCUGAAAAGUUUUGCAUUGCUCAGGAAGGUACCGCAGUGCCACUGCUGAGACUGCACCCACUCUGCAUCCCUGCCUCCGACUCUUCUUCAUACCUUUCUGUGCCAAAUGCAUGCUAAUUUUAAAUGUGUCAAAUCGUGAAUGCAGUUGUUAUUUGAAGGGAUCUGAUAGCUUGGGGUCAGGCAAGAUUAAUACUGGUUCUCAAUUUUGAAUGUCGAACAUAUUUGCGAGUGUGUUCUGAAGUUUGGGUUUCCUUGGUUGUUUCGUUGCAUCUGUAGCUCUUAAGUAGAUGAAACAAGAGAAUGUAGCAUUUUAGAAGAUUCAGGGUUAGUCAGCUAAAGCCAUCAUAUUACCUGCAUGAACCAAAAUCAUCAUCAGAGUGUUGGUAUCAUCUCUUGAUGGUAGUUCUGUAUAGAUAUUUCCUUGCAUUUUAAACUAUGUGCGAGCUUAAAAAUAUUGUGAUGGCUGUCAGUAGAUCAUAAUGCAAAACAGGAAUAAAAUGCAGGUGGCUAAAUUCCUGAUUGGUAUGCAUAUGUACUUCACUCUCUUUAUGCAGCACAUCACGUGAGUUAGCUCAGCAGCAGCAGUUGUCUGCACAUGCGGAUAUCUCACAGCAGAAAAGAGCAGAUAUCCCCCGCUUCGCUUACUCAGUCAUCCUCGUUUUUCCUUGUCCCAUGCAAGUCACAAUUUUUCAGGUCAAUAUUGACCCCAAGAUAGAGUAUUUAAUAAUUCUGGCAGAAAGAUAUGUACUUCAUAUUUCUCCUUUCAGACUUUCUAUAUCUGUAUGAAAUCUCAAUCACGGGUUUCAUUGAUCAGAAGGGAAGGUGUGUUGUGUGAUAUGUUCUGUUGGGGAACAAAGCACUACUGCAGCUUCUUGUCCUUUGUAAGGAUUUACAGAGUUUCACAAAUGAACAAUUUAAAAAAUUGUAAUUAUAGUAUAAUUUAUGUUAAAAGAAUAAACUUGAGUAAACAAAUUGGUAUGUAUAAAGCCGCAUUAUGUGAAGGCAUCACAAGUUUUUAUUGAGAAACCUCUAGAAGGGACUUGGAGCUCCUUGUUUUUGUACGUAUUGCAGGUUUUGAAAAAAGAAAAAGUGACUUGGAGCUCCCUUACAUGUGCUUCUUGUAUUUUUCCCACUAAUGACACUGAUGGGAAUUAUUUCACGAGGUACAUCACAGUCUGAAUUAUUGUUUAAUCUAUGGUAUGAAAUUAUACCAAUUAAAGAGGAAACUUGGGGGAAAUUCCAGUAGCUGUUCCCGAGAAACUGUGUUAUGGCAGCCAAGGUUAUAUGGCCAGUUCUUGUGCAAAAGAUGUUAAUUUAUUUAACGGCUCAGCUUAUCUAAAUGUGGCUUCUGGAUUUUCCUGUGAGAUUUCUCCAUGCUUAUCACAUGUAUAAUAAAUGAAUGAAAUUAAAAUAAAUUGUUUUGUAGCUUAUGAAACAAAAAAUAAAAAGGACUGUUUGAA